CGCCUCGGCCAGCAGGGGCGCGUAGAGCUGGGAGGCCUGUGCGCCCGAUGAAGGAGGCAUGCGGCGGACUCGGAGUGCCGUGGCCACCGAGCCGAGGGAGCAGCGGCGCUCCGGAGCCUCCGGGGCCCUGACCGACCGCGAAAGCCCGACACGACGCCAGGGGAGCAGGGCUCGGGCCCGGGGCGGGGGCGGGGCAGCCGGUCCGCAGCCCUCCACAAAGCCGCGUCCCAAGCCGCCGCUGCGGGCCCAGGAGGCGGCGGCCGAGGAGCCGCCGCCGGCGGACACCCCCGCCGCCUCGGGGUCGGCGCUGGACCUGGGCGAGCAGCGGGAGCGCUGGGAGACGUUCCAGAAGCGGCAGAGGCUCAGCUUCGAGGGCGCCGCCAAGCUGCUGCUGGACACUUUUGAGUACCAGGGCCUGGUGAAGCACACAGGAGGCUGCCACUGUGGAGCGGUUCGCUUUGAAGUUUGGGCAUCAGCAGACUUACACAUCUUUGACUGCAACUGCAGCAUCUGCAAGAAGAAGCAGAAUAGACACUUCAUUGUUCCAGCUUCUCGAUUCAAACUCCUGAAGGGCGCUGAGAGCAUAACCACAUACACAUUCAACACGCACAAAGCCCAGCACACCUUCUGUAAGCGAUGUGGGGUCCAGAGCUUCUAUACUCCACGCUCCAAUCCUGGAGGCUUUGGAAUUGCCCCCCACUGCCUCGAUGAAGGCACUGUGCGGAGUGUGGUCACUGAGGAGUUCAAUGGCAGUGAGUGGGAGAAAGCCAUGAAGGAGCACAAGACCAUCAAGAACAUGUCUAAAGAGUGAGCCCAUGCCUCCUCUGGCCUGAGAGGGUG